CCUGCAUCCUUGACAAUCGCCAAACACUCGCAUCGAUCAACACUCCACAUCUUGCGACGUUCCGACGGAACUCUAUUCAGGGAUCUUAAGAUGCCACGGCAAUCGGGACAACCCCCUGCAGGGAGUGCAAAGGAGAACACACCAAAGCGUCCGGCUACCGACACUCCCAACAGAACCUCCAAGAGAGCACGAGUAACCACCAGACGGUCAUACAUCGAACCAGAUACGGACUCCGACGCGGCCUCGAAUGCUUCCGGCUCUUUUGAUGACGAGGACGCUGGAGAUGCGUCUGAUUUCGAGGCGAAGAGUGACAAAGAAGCAUCCUCCGAAUCUGAACCCGAUGCAGACGCCAGCGACGAGGAGCCUGUGUCGAAGAAGGCUACAGCAAGAGGCCGACCGCAAAAAAAGCAGCUUCCGACGCACAAGAAGCAAGCCGAUGAGAAAGACCUGUGGAAGCGAGGCGCAAAGCUUGAACCUGGGACACAGCUGAUCAUCAAAAAGCCAAAAGCUCGGGAGGCCGGUGAUACAGCGUACACGGAGAGUACCAUUCACCCCAACACGAUGCUUUUCCUCGAAGAGCUAAAAGAGAAUAACGAUCGACAGUGGCUGAAACUGCACGACCCCGACUAUCGAGUUGCGGUGCAAGACUUCAAUGAUUUCGUUGGCAAGUUAACAGAGAGAAUAGUGGAAAUAGACGUGACGAUACCUGAGUUGCCAGUGAAAGACAUCGUAUAUCGAAUUUAUCGAGAUGUCCGGUUUUCUAAAGAUCAAACACCAUACAAGUCCUACUUCUCAGCGGCAUGGUCGAGAACAGGCCGCAAAGGUCCUUAUGCUGCAUACUAUGUCCAGAUUCAACCGAACGGAGGCAGCUUUGUAGGCGGCGGACUUUGGCAACCAGACGCAGAGCCUCUUAGAAAGUUGCGCAGAGAGUUUGAUCGCAGGUCUUCCAGGAUCAAGCAGAUCUUAGCAGACGAACGAAUUCGUAAAUCGUUUCUCGGAGGAGCACCCGACAACGAAAAGAAGGUCGUGAAGGCCUUUGUUAGCGCGGGAUCGAAUGCAUCAACUGCGCUGAAGCGUAGCCCAAAGGACUUCCCCAUUGAUCACCAAGACAUCGAGCUCCUCCGACUGAGGAGUUUCACCCUUGGCAAGAAAUUGUCGGAUGAGGAAGUGGUAGGACCGAAGGGCAUGGGCCGAAUUGCGGAGUUGCUAUCUUACAUAGAACCGUUUAUCACCUACCUGAACAGCGUCGUCAUGCCAGACGAAGAAUCGUCGAGCUCCAGCGAAAAUGACGACGAUGACGAAGGUGAAGAUGAAGACGACGAUGAGGACGGUGCUUCUGCAGCCGACGAUGCAAACGAGUGAAGUCUCGGCUGCCUCGGAGAACUACAUCCGGACAGUCGUCGCCUUGCUGUGUUGGCGAUGUUGGAGAGACUCGAUUGGUUGGGGGUGGCCUCUUGCGCGAAAACAACCAAUCAGGGUUUAGAAGACGCGCUCCAAGCGAGUCCGAACAUUUUUUGCAUAGCGUCUGCAUCUCUCCGUCUUGGCUGGCACCGUGCUGUUUUAGCUUCGCAUGCACUAAUGAUCAUGU